AGAAUUCCACAUGGGCCAUCCUUGUUGACUAGAGAAACAUUCUUAUCUUAAGAGAGAAAGAAAUAUAGACUUCAAACUUGAGAAACUGCCUGGAAUUAACAGAAACCUGUGGAACUUGACUUUUCUCUCCUAUCAUUUAUUAAUGAAUCAUAUAGAGAACUUGAAAAGAAAUUUCCAAGUUUCUAUUCUGAGGCUGCUAUAUAGUUUGACAUUGCAUCAGUAUUACAUUUUGAUCUUCAUCUUCAAGAUUGAACAUGAAGAAUCAUGGUGAUGUCGUUGUUGCAGAAGAUGAUGAUAAUGAUGAUGUAGAAGAAGAAAUCGAAGAUGAUAAGUAUUUAAAGUCAUUCGAAAGCAGCCCAGAAAGAUUUUCUUCCACUUCUGAACCUAUCUUCUCUUUUCCAACUCCAUCUUUUUCUUCUUCGUCUUGUGCAACUCCCACCUUCAAAACUAGUAAAGAAGAAAAGAUGAUGAGCGAGGUGAAAAAAAUUGAUAGGAAAAGCGACAGUUUUGCAUACAGAAUCUUCGAUCAUGUGAAGAUGGGGACGACGUUUUCAGAGACAGUGAAGGGGAAGCUGAGUUUGGGGAAAAGGAUUAUUCAACAAGGAGGGAGGGAAAAUAUUUUCAAGCAAGUGUUUGGAUUGCGAGAAAACGAAAUAUUGUUGAAUGCUUCACAAUGUUAUUUAUCAACAACUUCUGGUCCGAUUGCUGGAUUGCUAUUUAUUUCUUCUGAGAAAGUUGCAUUUUACAGUGAAAGAUCUAUCACUUUCUCUUCCUCUGAUGGCCGAUUCAAUAUUAGAUCGCCAUAUAAGGUGAUGAUACCGAUAAGGAAGAUAAAGAAUGUUCAUGAAAGUGAGAACUUGAACAAGCCAGAGCAGAAAUACAUAGAAAUUGUGACUGUAGAUGACUUUGAGUUUUGGUUUAUGGGUUUCUUUUGCUAUGAAAAAGCUUUCAAAAAACUUAAGAAGGCUAUUGCCAAGGCAAAUUGCGAGACGACUGACGAGCAGAUAUGAUGUUUUUUGAACGAGCAAGUAAGAUUUGGAGCGACUAUAGAACAAAAAAGGUCAAAAAUUAGAGCGCAAAUAGAGAAAACAAAUAGUCUCUCCUUCACCUUGUAAUUUUCUCUAGUCUCAGUAAAUUUUUUUGCAACUACUAUUUUUUAACCCGUGGUUCUUUUUUUUUUUUCCCGAUUUAGGUUUUUCACAUAAUAUUUUGUAUUCUUGUGUUUCAUUAGUCAUUUAUUCUUUGGGGCUUAUAGCAAGUUGGUAUGAAAGCUUUAUGUUCUAAUGGUGUCUACAUCAACAUCGUCUUCUAAGGGUGAUAUUGAGAAGUUCGACGAGAUACAAGAAGUUUUGCUGGUUGGUAUGUUGGAAUGAUGAUCAAUCAUGCCCAAUUAAGGUGCCAAGAAGGCACUGCGCGAGGAAACAAAUAAACCUGAGAAAAUGGAAGAUAAUGAAUGGGAUGAUAUGGAUAACAAGGUCCUUGCAUCGAUCUAGUAAUUGUGUUUAAGCAACGAUAUACUACAAGAGAUUUUGGAAACACUAUCGAUCGAGGGAGCAUGGUUGAAGUUGGAGAAUAAGUACAUGAAAAAUCUCUUACCAACAAUCUACACGUAUGUACAUCUAGUUUUGAAUACACAAUUAGAAAUACAAAUAAUUUUAUUAUA